GUGAGAGAUUCUACCUUUACUACUGGAAGCUGUGCAUUUGGACUUUAGUAGUUCUUGGAGUGGUUAAGAGAAUUAAUACUAUCACCAUGAUGUCCUUUCCAUUCAGAAGAAGAGAGGCUAAUCAGUUUAAACACAUAGCUCAUGGCCUGAUCCCAGCUGCCACUGUAGCUCCUAGAUCUGCAGUUCCUCGCACUCCUCCCCCUCGUAGUCCAAACCCUUCGCCAGAAAGGCCUCGAUCUGCACUAGCAGCAGCCAUUUUGAUGACUUCUUUAACAGGAAGAACUGUUGCCAUGCCACAACCUCGCCAGAGAUCAUAUUCUGAAAAUGACAGUACAUAUUUUGAAGAAACUGAAGUGAUUGAGCCAUAUGCCACUGCAAGAGAACUAGGUUUUGAGCAAAACUGGAAGGAGUAUGCUCUGGGGAAAAACAGAAGUUCUCCAGUGAGAUCUCUGAGUUUUGAAGAUGAAGACACAGAGGAACAAAUGUCUGAAAUAGAAGAUAACAUCUUUCACAUUUCUCAGGAAAAAGAUGAAAAGGUUUUGAGUGCACCGAUUUAUGCAACUCCCUGUAAAAAUAAGAAAGAAAAACUCCAACCUCCUGAUACCAUGGCUGAUGAUGUACAUGAAAUCUCUGAUAAUAACCAGGAAGAUUUGUCAGAGGUAGUAAGCCCUGAACUAGAAGAAGAAUUUAAAGCAGAUGUUCCUUUAGAAUCUCCUAUUCCAAGCCCAGACAGAGAACCAAAUAUUACAUCUCCAAGAAGAAAACGCACAGAACUAAUGAAAACAGAUAUAAGGGAGGCUGAAACUCAGGUGCUAUCUGCUGCAUUAACGAAAGAAACUGAGAAACUACAGGCAAGAAAUCAGUUUUUGACAAAUGCAAAUCAAGAGCUAUCAAAGCAAAUGCACGAACUGAAGCAGCAAAUAAAGGCAAUGAAAUUGAAGAUUAAGAAUUUAAGAAAUGAAAAGCGUGAAGCUGUAGAAUUGUGGAAAAAGCAGUAUACUGAAGCUGAUGCGGCUGAACUUGUAUCACUAAGGGAACAAGCCCAAGAAUUAGUAGAUGAAAAUGAUGCCUUAAAGAUGACUGUCCAUAGACUAAAUGUGGAAUUGAGUCGCUAUCAAACAAAAUAUCGACCGUUGUCAAAGGAGGAGAAAGUGAAAAUAGGUGGGCUACCACAAAAAGGGCCUCCACCUCCCUGGUUGCUGGAUAUGAAGUAUUUGUCACCUUUGUUACUUGCGUAUGAAGACAGAAUGAAUGAAAAGGACAACAUCAUCCUAUCAUUUCAGGAGGAAAUAAACAAUUUCAAGGCAAGAGUUAAAGAAGUUCUAGAGGAGAAUGAGCAACUGCACAAACAAUUAGAAAAUAAAAGCCACAUAUCUACUAAGGAAUGGCAGUUAAUACAAAGUCAAGCACAGCUUGUCUUAGAAGAGAAUGAAGUGUUGAUGAAACAACUUGAGGUACAACAAUCAAAAGCAAAGGACAUUCAGAACCGUCACAUUCAGGAAGUGUCUCGCAUAACAAAGCAACUAAUGGUUUUAGAAGCAAAGAAUAAGAGUCAAGAAGAAGAACUGUUGGAAUCUAAGAAGCAGCAGGAAGCUUUGUAUUUUAAGUGUGAUGAGCUAAAAGCCAACACAGCUGGAAAAAUAUCAGUAGACGAUCAUCUUGCUAUGAUGGAUGAAUUAAAAAGUCAACUUCAACAAGAGAGAGAUAAAAGAAAAGUUGAUUCAGAUGAUCUAAUGAACAAGAUAGCUACUGUGCAAGCAGAGAAGAAAAGUCAUCUUUUGGAGAAAAAUGACUUAAUAGCAGAUAAUAAGACCCUGGAAGCUGAAAUGGAAAUCGCAAAAAAGUCUAAUAGAAAGUUGCAGAAAAGGAUUGACCAGUUGAAGCACCAGCUUGAAGAUGCAAUGGAUAAGGAAGUGGCAGCUCAUCAGUAUUUAGCCAACAUUCUAACAUUGGCAGAGAGUAUUGCUGGGGAACGAGAUGAGCUUAUUUAUGUGGCCAAAGGAUUAGAAGCCGAAAAACUCAAUAAUUUAAAAGGGAUGAUGGAAGGGAGUGUUCGUUUGGGAAGACUAGAAGAGAUGGUUAAGGUGUAUAAAAAGAAGUCCGCUGGGAAGGUUGAAGACAUCAGUCUUAGGUUGGCAGAACAAGAGGAAGACUUUGCAGGGAAGGCAGCUCGGCACCAGCGUGAAAUGAAGCAUCUCCAGCGACUGCUGCAAGACAAGCAGGAAACCCUCGAUGAAGUGUUGCAGCAGAAAAGGCAAGUGGAAAAUGAGCUUGAAGUCAUUUGGAAGUCAGCAUCCCAUGAAAACAAACAAUUGAAAGAUUUUUUGCAUAAAGUAUUGAAGCAGAACAAAUGGAAUGUCAGCAGUGCAUCACAAAAUGUUAAAGCCGACUCUGUCAAUGAGUAUCGCUUCAGUUACUGUGAUGUGAUCUCUUCCUCGGAAGCAGAAGAUCCAGUCAAAUAAAGGUUCCAGGAUUAGUUGUAGAUUGGAUAUAUAACAUCUAGAGUCCGGAAUAUAAUAAAUGUAUCAUUUUUUUUAAUUAGCAUUAUUAUUUGUUGCUUAAAAAGCGCCAGCAUACUCAGCACUAUACAAAGUUAAUUCCAUUCAUUGGGGUACAUUACAAUGCAUACACUAACAAGUUAAAUAAGGAUUUUAGUAAUAGUAUAUUACAGAAACUAUAAUAUUUAUAUUAAAGGGACAGUAUACACCAAUUUUCAUAUAACUGAAUGUAAUAGACACUACUAUAAAGAAGAAUAUUCACAGAUACUGAUCUAAAAAUCCAGUAUAAAACCUUUUAAAAACGUACUUAGAAUCUCCCAGUUUAGCAUUGUCGAUGAGGUUAGACUGGGACAUCGUGAAAGGCAGUCCCCCCCCACCACCACCUUAUCUGCAUAUGAAAAGACACAUUACACAACCAGGAGACAUAAAUAUACAUCUAAAAUUUUAGGGCUUCGUUAGGAGUCUGAAAAUCAGCACAAUUUUAUUUAAAAAUAAGCAAAACUAUACAUUUUUACAAAAACACUCCCAGAUUCGCUAUAUAAAUGGAUCAUCUACAAAAUAUUUAUGCAAAGAAAAAUCUAUUGUAAAAUGACCGUUUAAGUAACAAAGUGAUGGUAAAUUAACUAGUAUAUUCACGUACUUUUAGAAGCAAUGUGCUGUUCCCAUGUAAACUGUUAUAAUAAACAUAAAAUUGGCGACUUUAUAUACACCAUUAACUUUUAUUCUAUUACUGUUUCAUGAUAUUCAUUCCGUCCUCUUCCAUCUCUUUUUCUGUAGUCUAGUGACUACUAGAAAGCAUGCACCUCUCUAAAGGUAAUGCGUGCCACAAGUAGUUAGUAAUGCACAUUGACCAGUCCAGCUUCAUUUUUAAUUGGUUAAAUGGCAACCAACCUUCUCAUUAAAAUCAGUGAGUUAUGUACAACAUUUGUCCAUAAAAUCUGUUGUUUUGGAAACAUCACUUAUUUCUACUUUAUUUUUCUAAUUAUAAUGAUCAUCAUACUGUACUUGAAUUAAAGAAAAACAUUUUUAAAUAGAUUAUUCUUAAAGCUGAGUUCAACUUGCUAAUUAAUAUACAUGUCUAGGGCUAUUAAUAUCUGUUAGGCUUUACCUGUUGGGAGAAAUCUGUACAGGGGACUGCUUUGAGAAUUCCUACUGGUAAGAUAGAGAGCAAAUUGGCGAGCUGAACCCUUUAAAUGUCAAGCUGUCUUACAGGAAGAGAGCACUCAAAUGACAGUGGAUAUUUCAAGAAAAUAUGAUUAGAUACAAAUGUCUGAAACUUCAUGUCCGAUACAUUUCUCUAUUCACAGUGUAACUUUUACAUAAUUGAAGCCUCAUGUCACUUAUUAUUUAAAGUACACGUUGAGAGGAUUUUGCAAUAAAUUCACAUUAAAGGUUUCAUUGUUGCAUGUUAAGCACACUGCUUAAGAAUGAGUUUUCUUACUAUAUUCAUUAUAUGGAAGCCAGUGUACCGAAUAAGAGCUAGAUUUCAUGCUUGCAACUAUUGGCAGUUACAAUGCCACAAACCCACUCCUUAUCCACAUCCUCCUCCAGCCACAGCAUAAUUAUCCAGUUUAGGUGAUCCACAAUUAUUAAAUUAUAUCCACCCACAACUAUACCCUCUUACAAUAAAUUAUAAGUACCAUCGUUACGCAGUUGGGGUCCAAAUGAUUAGCCUUAAAGGGACCAAAAUGAGUUGCUUUAUAUUUCUUAAAAUUGUUAGAGCACAUCCCAGGCUUUACACGUUUAACCCUGCUACAACUGGCUUUAUUAUAUAUGAUUAGAUAAGAACAAAUAUGUUCAGAUCCAAUGAACUUUAUAGAAUCUAAACCAUUGAGCAGCCUAUUAUCUACAUCCUAUAGAUUCUUAGUGCAUGAUUACAGUUGAUGUCAUUGUACAUUGAAUUUGUCCAUAUCAGUUGUUUGUUUCUCCACGCAUUAUCAAGAGGGAAAAAAAACAUGUACUUUGCUAUUAUGAUGCUUUUUCUUUUCCAGAUAAGUGGGUAUCAAUAAUACAAUGGAAUAUUCCAGAGUUGUUUAUAUAUAAACAGUAAAGAAUUAUCAAAGCAUGUACAGUGAUAGGCAGUAGGUGAGAUCAUUUAGAAUCUACUGAGACUUUUCACCUCGAUUAUCUUUUCCUCAUCCUUAUUCAGAAGCUUAUGUAAAGGACGAUAAACAUAUCCGUAUGAUAUUUGUGUAAUCUAUGUGUUUACAUUGUAUUAAGGGAUAGUGUACUGUGCAUUUUCUCGCCCUUAAUGUGUUUCCAAUUAUUCCUUUUACCUGCUGGAAGACAAAAAGAGAGGCGCUUCCUUGUGUGUAUCGAUAAUAAAAGACUGUUAUCCCCAGAUCCAAAUUCCCAAGUCUCAGGGUACUCACAAUGGCUGCAACACCAAAUUGUGCUUUUAGGGGCAGACUGAGCUUUCUCAGCGCCUCAGCUCGGUGUGCACCGGUGACCGGAUAGCUGUCAGAAUAAAUCCUUCCCAAUGGCUGUAUCUCACAUCAGCACAGGAGAGAGGAUCCAAUAUCCUUCAGAAAUAUACCUCUAAAGAGGUAUAUUUAGGUGCUGCUAUUUGCUAUUUAAACAUUUGCUAUUUAAACCUUUAUCAUUAUUUACCCUUUUUUUCAGCACUUAUUUGAACUGUACCUUAUGUUUAUUGUUACUGUUUACUUUUUGAGGAUUAAUCAGUUUUACAUUGUACAAUUUCUUCCCUUUACUGCACUUCAGAGUGUGCAAAUGUUUUACUCUUUUAGAGUUGAUCCCAGGAGCUUUUAUCUUGCCUGACUCAAACUGUUAAGCACAGAUGUUUGCAAGGAUUUGAAGGUUGUCCUUCUUUGACCUUUAGCUUAUCAGGGACUUACCUUAGGAGCAGCCACUCUAAAUUGCCCAUUAAUGAUACAGUGUUUCUGACAAUGAGGAUUUUUAUUCUGAGGAUAGUCUCUCUGAGACUCAGGACCCUGCUGCUGUGGCAGAGAAUGUGUCCUUUAAUUUCAAGCUUGAGCAAAUUCAUGCCUUAUUGCAGGAAGUUUUUAUUGCUUUAGCGCUAGAGGAUUGUUCUGCUACAGUCAAGUAACCUGUGAAGAGGAUUGAUAAUUUUUUUAAGGCAACUCCUAAGUUCCCGUCAUGGAUUUUGUUUUGAGAUUUUUUUCUAAAGAAUGGCAGAAGCCAGGUAUUCCUUUUGUUUCAUCUUCCAAAUUUAAAUCCAUGUUUCCACUCCUUUCUGUUAACAAAGAGAUUUGGGAAACUGUUCCUAAGGUAGAUGCAGCUAUUUUCACUUUGGCCAAGCAUACCACUAUUCCUUUGGAGGAUAGUUCCUCUUUUACGGAUGCUUUAGAUAGAAAACUUGAAGUUUUUAAUAAUCAAUCCUUUCAUCUUGCAGGUUUUAUGUUUAGACCUGAAGUCAGUGUAGCCUGUGUUGCCACUGCCAAUGCUGUUUGGUGUGAUGAUCUCUCAGAACUUGUUGCCUGAUAACAACAAGUCCUUGCACCAGGAUUAGAAAUCUAAGGUUAAUCUUAGAUCUGCAGGGCGUUUUCGACAAUCUAAAGCUCAGAAAUAUUCCCCCUCUGCCGCUACUCCAAAUCCUCCUGGUAGUCUAACUCUUCUUGGUCCAAAAACAAACACAGCAAUACCAGAUCAGUCAGUGGUGGGGGGCAGAAUGAGUUUCUUUUGGGAGGCUUUGGAGAGAUCUGUUCAGAAUCCCUGGGUUUUGCAAAUCUUUUCUCAGGGGUAUUGAAUAAUCUUUUGUUGAAGGCCUCCUAAAGGAAGAUUAUUUCUGUCCAGAGUGCCUCGAGAUCUUUCAAGGCUUUUGUCUUUUGUGAAAGAUCUGAAAUUAAUGGGAGUGAUUACUUCAGUUUCAAAUCCAAAUUUAAACCAGUGGUUUUAUUCAAAUCUCUUUAUAGUACCAAAGAAAGAGGAUACUUUAAGGCCUGCUUUGGAUCCGAAAAUAUUGAUCACAAUGCAGGCCAAAACGUUGUUUGUAUGCCUAUGGACCCUGUGUAAAUUAAUAAAACUCUAAUUUUAAUAAGGCUGGAAUUAUAUUGUGUUACUUUAGACUUUCUAAAGUCACCAGUUUCUUCACCAAGGGGAAUGCUCUCUGAAUCAGGAGGUUUUCAACAUAUUGUGAGACAUUAGGGUCUGCCAGAGAUACAUCUCAUUGCUUCUCAUUUGAAUCAAAAACGGACUCAGUAUUGUGCCAGGUUUCAAGACCCCCUGGCAAGUCUGAUAAAUGCCCUAGUGGUCCCUUGGUCGUGCAGCCUACAUUUUACCUCCUAUUGUGUUGCUAUUCAGAGUGAUAGCCAGAAUCAAGCAGGAACAAGUCUCAACAAUUCUGAUUACUCCUACGUGUCCUUGCAAGAUUUGGUUUGCUGAUCUGGUGCAGAUGUCCUUGUGCCCGCCUUGGAGGCUUUCUCUAAAAAAGGAUCUUCUCUCUCAAGGCUCUUUUAUUAAGAUCUCAAAACUCUUAAUUUGAUAGCAUGACGAUUGACAGCUUUAUUCUGUCACAGAUAGGUUUUUCUGCCAAGGUCAUUGAUACCCUGAUUCAGGCUAGUAAACCUGUUACAAGACCUAUUUAUCAUAAGGUCUUGAAAACUUUUUUGCAUGGUGUUCUUGCAAAGAUUAUUUUAGAAUUCCUAGAGUUAUUGAGUGUUUCUUGCUGGAAAGCCUAGAUAACGGUUUAUCAGCUAUCUCACUGAAGGAUCAGAUUUAGGCUUUUUCUGUAUUGUUUCAUAAGAAAUUCCUGUCUUUAAUGCCUUCUGAUCAGAAUUAAACCAGUUAUUCGUCCAGUUUUUCUUCCUUAGAAUGUUAGCUGUUUUUGAUAGUUCUUCAAAUUCCUCUUUUUAAACCGAUGCCGGGUUUAGACCUUCAGCUUUUAUACUAGAAGGUUCUUUUUUCUACCUAUUUUUUUAGUUAGAAGGGUGUCUGAGUUUUCAGCUUUAUCUUGGAAACCUCCUUUUCUGUUUUUUUUUCCAUCUGGAUAAAGCUUUUCUUUGCACUAGUUAUUCUUUUCUUCCUUAUAUAGUAUCUACAGAUACUAUCAAUCAGGAAAUUGUGGUUCCUUCUUUUUGUCCAGUUUCUUCACAACUUGGAUUGUUCUAAGAUAAUAUUAUGUGAAGCCACAUAGAUUUAAAGUUUUUUUCUUCUCUUUUUGUUCAUUUUUUUCUGAGCCUUGCAAAGGUAAGAUAGCCUCAGCUGUUACUUUAGCACCUUUAGCUUAAGGACUUAAUUUGUAAGGCGUAUUUGGUUGCAAGGAAAACUCCCCCUGAGAGCAUUACUGCUCAUUCCAUUAGAGCAGUUGCUACUUUUUGGGCCUUUCGUAAUGAGGCCUCUAUUGAUCAAAUUCAUAAUUUUUUCCUUAUCUUCUUGGCUAUAUGUAUGACUGAGGAUCAUGGGAAGUGGAAGGGUUGUAAAGCUCUGGUGUGUUGGGGUGUCUUUUGCCUCCUCCUAGUGGUCUGGAUGUGAAUAUUCCAACACGUAAUGACUAGUCGACUCUCUCCCUCAUGAAAUAAAUUAAUUUAUCAAGUAAGCGUAAAUAUUGUUUUUUGUUGUCUCUUUAGUGUUUCUUUAAGUGAAAGAGACACACGAAAAAUUUAAUUACUGUAAAAUAAGUAAUGGUUAUUGAUUUGAGAAAAGGUUUUGCUCUAUAUUAUUUGGAAUCAUAACCAACAAUGGUUUUAGUGCUUUAAUAUAGUAACACACUUUUUUUUUUUACUUUUAUAUUGAUAAUAGUACUUUUAUUAUGAUUUUAUUGUAAUUGUCUUUAUAAUAAUGAAUGCAGGACAGAUACUAUUUUUGUGUAAUAAUUACAAAUCUGUGCAAAUAAAAAAAUAUACAUUGUAAAACCUAUUUUUGUAGCAAAUAAAAUUUUACAAUAAUUUUA